AUGGAGGAUCUCCACAGAGGAGAGGGCGCAGAAAAGAAACCAGAAAGGAGAGUCGAGGGGCCUGGAGAGAAAGGCAAGUCAGAGAAGAAGGCCAAGAAAGACCGAAGAGACGCCGUCAAGAAGGCAGAGCCGGCGGCUAUAAAAGACAUUACUACCAGCAACUUGCAAGACCAGCUGGCCCUGAGAGCAGCCACAGUGGCUCAGGAGCGUCAGAAGAAGAGGCAGAUAGAGAAGAAGAAGGAAGAUCGGGAUCCGAGCAAAGAGCUGUUGAGGAUCCUUACCAAAUCCCUCGGCAAGAAGAAGAAAGAGAAGAAGACUGGCAAGAAGAAGAGAAAGAAGAAGAGGGGCAGUUCCUCAGGGAGUGGGGGGACGACGUCGAGCUUAGGAGCGAGCUCCAGAGGGUCUUCUUCGGAGAGCGAGAGCAGUUCGGAGGAGACAAAGCUCGAACCCCCUCUGAAGAGGAAGUCGAAGGAGAAGCCAGGAUCAGUACUGCAGCUUCUGGUUCAGCACGCACGGGACCAGCUCGACCAAACAGCGAAGGUCAGCAUCCUGGAGAAGACUGCAGAUCCCACCAACAUGGGGAUCAAACUGGCCAGCUAUUUCUCAAUAGUGGUCCGACCACAGAUGGGCCAGGCUAUGGGCCCCCUACGAGAAAUGCAUAUGCUGACUCAAGCCAUGGACCUUCUUCGACAAGGACAGCUGGGGCUUUGCGGGGACGUUCUCGCAGGGCGUUUCAUGUCGCUCCAUCAGAGUGCUCUAGACGGCAGUUGGAGCUCGGCGAAGUUCCUGGAGUUAAUGCCACUGGAAGAUACCUCGGCCGCUGGAUCAAGUGUAAUCAUGCAAGCUCGCAAGCACGCGAAACUGGCGGCAAAGGUGGCCAAUCCCGACUGGGUGUGGGGAGCUGGCAAAGCGAAAGGAGGAAGAGGCAAGUCCAGCUCUUGGCAGGACUACGGAGGAGAUGCAAAAGGCAAAGGCAAGAAGGGAGCAAAAGGUCGAGGGAAGUUCAAGGGAGGCUGGAGUGGGGCACAGGGAUCAGAAGACCCAGACACCGGGAAGCGAAAGGAGAAGCAGCCUCCCCAACCGAACGGAGUUACAGAAAGAGGGAAGGCGAUGAGUUUGAAAGAAUCCAUCGGCAGCUGCCGCAGCUUUGCUCAAGUAGGCUGCGUCUUGUGCUGGUGGGUCAUUGCUGGAACUGAGCUCAUUUUGGUUGAGAAGGCUGCAGUGAGUUUUUUGGGUGAUUUUCUGCAAAGCAAGGUCGCCGACGUUCAGUCAUACCAGAUCAAAAAGCGCGGUAUGAUUUUUCCCUUGAGGGAGGGAGACUUGCAUGAAGUGACGUCAUUUUUGAAGCAGACAAGGCUGGAAUGUGUUUUUGAGGACAAACUGGUGGAAGAGUGGUCAAGCAAGGCUUGGCAAUACGUUGUGUUUUGUUGCUUGAACCGCUUGGCUGGAGCCGCGGCCUGCCCUUCGAAAGGCCGCUGGACUUUGUCCGAGCGUAGAGCCGCCGAAAGCAUAGCUGGAUACGUUCAGUCUAGGCUAGCUAGGGACCACCGUGGAGCUGGAUUGUCCGAAGAGGCCUGGCAAAAAGAGCUAGCAAGCCGACAAGUUGGAUAUGGAGGGGAAGAGGUCUCGAUUUGUCAUAAACUGUCAUGGGAACAGGUUCUUCCGGGACUUCCCCCUGAAACUCAUGGUGGUUGUGUGGACUGUUUGGACUGGGUUGGUCCUAGAACUAGGGAGUUUCUUUUGUCACCCCAAACCUUGGUCAAAGAUGUGGCAGAAAUUUCACUGCCCGAAAGGAUGGGAAGGAUACAUGCCGUCGAGGGUGACAUUUUGAAGAUUGCGUGUGAGUUGGUGCGUAGAAGGAUUUGUACUUGGGUUCCACUGGAUAACGUCUUUGAAGUUCGGGGGAGAAAAAUCUUGAAUGGACUUUUUGGUGUUGCAAAAACCACUACCCUGGAGAGCGGGAGACCCCUGCCACCAUGGUUUACAGCGCUGCUGACAGAAGCGCGGUCUGACAACACUUGCUGGUGGCACAUCUACCUGGACAAUUUUUGUGCGGGCGAGCGCUUGGGGGCCUCCUCAGCCGGAGAUUGGGGAAGACAGUGUCAUGAGGCAGCAGAACGAUGCUGGCGUGAGGCCGGAGUGAUUUCCUCUGAAAAGAAGCGGGUGUCUGGAGAAGUUACGGUGCAAGAAUUGGGGGCAGAGAUAAAUGGUGAGAUGGGAACCUUGGGGAUCAGCACAGCCAAACUGGAGAAACUAUGCUUGACUACACUCUGGGCGUUAGCCCAACCAAGGAUAGAACGCAAGACAGUCCAGAUAAUUGCUGGGCGCUGGAUGUUUGCACUGCAAUUCAAGCGGCCGGGUAUGAGCCUGUUACAAGCUGUAUGGAAGUAUGUUGGAGGAAAGGAGAAGGCAACCGAGAAGCUGUUGAGGCAAGUCAGAGGGGAGCUCUUUUCCUUAGUUUGCUGUGCGCCCCUAUUUCAAUGCAAUUUGAGAGCAGCAGUAGCCCCCCUGGUGGUAGCUUCGGAUGCCUCAAAUUCUGGAGGAGCUGUAGGGGUUUCUGAAACUUUGACUCAAGAAGGAAAAGAUUUUGUGUCCACUACAGAACGCAUUGAGCGUGGAAUCCCUUGCAAGCCGGCUCCAGUAUUACUGGUCUCAUUAUUUAAUGGGAUAGGUGGAUGUUUUCGUGCCUAUGACGUUGCAGGGCUGCUUCCAAUGGGACGCAUUGCCGUUGAAAUCAACGAAGACGCAAAUCGCAUCACGGCCCGUCACUGGCCUGGUACAUUACAGAUCAAGGACAUUCACACUGUUACACGCGACGUUGUCAGAGAAUGGAGUGCUCGCUUUCUGCAGGUAGCGGAAAUACAUGUGUGGGCAGGCUUUCCAUGCCAAGAUCUUUGCGGAGCUAAGGCUGGGAGAAAGAAUUUGAUGGGGAAAAAUAGCUCACUUUUCUGGGAAAUUCCAAGAGUGGUGACAUUGAUAAAGGAGGAAUUUGGAGCUACAGUAGUGGUGAAGGAAGUGCUGGAGAAUGUCCAGUCCAUGGACAAAUCAGCAACAGAGGAAAUCUCUAGGGCAUUUGGUGCAUGGCCCUACGGACUUGAUUGUGUUGAUGCUGUGCCCUUGCGACGGCCUCGUUUCUGUUGGACCACUGAGGUGAUCGAAGGCGUCAUCCCUGGGGUUGUGGUAGAAUCAAAGAGCUAUUGGAAGCAGGUACAAGCUCAAGCGGAAUGUCCCAAGACUGAACAGUGGAUUGACCCUGGUUUCCAAUGGAAUGGGGAUGGAAAAGACAUUGUAUUUCCAACUUGCAUGCGUAGCAUACCAAGACAAGCGCCACCGCCUAAGCCAGCGGGGUUAGAAAAGUGCUCGGAAACAACAGUUCAGCGCUGGAGAGAAGACUCUUUUAGGUAUCCCCCCUAUCAAUACCAACCUCAAUACCUGCUUUGUUCUGAAGAUUCAUGGCGAUUGCUCAAUGCCAAUGAGAAGGAACUCUUGUUGGGAUAUGGAUGGCAACAUACAAAAACGGCAUGGAGUGCUUCGCGUAUCAAACAGAAUAGGGUGGGAUACAGUGAUGUUCGCAACAGUUUGUUAGGUGACUCUUUCAGCAUUUUCUCCUUUGUAAUUUUGGCGGUGGUUUGUUCAAAGCGUUUCCUCCCUACAAUCCCCUACGUGGUGCUUGCCGGAAGAAUGGGACUGGCCCCAGGGUUUAGAGCUGCUUUGAGGUGUAGUGCCCCUUUGGAUAGGAGACUGCAAUAUGGUUUUUCAACGCAGGACGGAAGUUCAAUUUCUGUGGAACACCUCAAUAGGCUCUUGUUGAGAAAAACCAAUCAUACGGGGUCAGAUGUCAGAGUCAUUACGGGGGAGAUCAUGAACGCCAAGACAUAUCCACGUCAAUCAGUUGCAGCGCAGUGGUGGCAUUGGAGAGAACGUUCAAAGAUCCAUUUGGAUGAUGCCGCGCUGUCUGUGAAGACGCAGCAGCGGUAUUAUUGUGCUCUGAGGAAACUGUUGCCUACCAUCGAACGAUGCAAAUGUGCAGAUGAUUUGGAUUUAAAGAUAUGUAACUGGAUUCGGCGCAUGUGGAAAUCCGGAGAACCGUUGGUAUAUAUUGGGGAUGGUUUGUGUGCCAUGCAUUUCUUUAUGCCCUGGUCAAAAGGAAAAGUCCCAGGAGCCUGGAAGUUGUUUGCCGUCUGGAGAAGAUUAGAGAUCCCCUCGCGGGCUCCACCACUGACUUGGGACUUAGUGAAAAGUUUUAGCUCUUACGAACUUUCACUGAGACGACAUGAAAUGUCUUCUUUACUCCUCCUUGCCUUUCAUUGUCUCCUCAGAACUGGAGAGCUGUUGCAACUGUACCCAGAAGACAUUUUACUAGGACGUUCCCAUGGAGUUCUUUCGCUCAAAGGAACAAAGUCAGGAAAAAGAAAUGCUGCUAAUGAAAGCAUCAGUAUCACCAACGAGCUAGUGGUGGAAUCUUUGCGUUCACUGCUUAGCUACCGCCGACAAUGCGGUGGUCCCAGUCAACCACUGUGGUCAUCUUCCCAUGCUGCCUUCCGCUCACGCUUCAAAGUGCUGUGUGACAGAUUUGAUGUCCAACAUCACGCCUUUAGACCCUAUUCGCUCCGACGAGGAGGAGCGACAGACCUCUUUCAAAGAACAAGAUCCAUGGAAUGCGCAUUGCUGCGUGGACGUUGGGAGAGUAGCCGUGUUGCCCGCAUUUAUAUCAGUGAUGGUUUAUCAUUCCUGCCUUCCUUGCGUUUCACACCUAAGACCCAAUCUAUGAUGAACAGAUUUUCAUACGCUUGA